AUGAUCAACAGUUUUACACAAGCAAACAUCCAGCAAACUCUAAUCCCUACAAAACGAGAUUCUCAACCAAGAAAAAUAAACUUUAAGCUCUUCUUCAAUAUGGAACAACCCAUAAAGUAUUACGAACAUUUACAGGAAGUUCGAAAUCUUCUAAAGCAAGUCCAAGAUGAACCCUUAAAACCUAUGGACAUGGUUAACGCUCUCCAAAAGCUUUGCAUCAACCAUCACUUCAAAGAGGAGAUUGACUCAAUCUUGAAAAAGCAUUACACUAAAAUUUUCAAUGGCCAUGUUUCUAAUCAUGACCAAAGUCUUUAUGAGGUUUCCUGCAAUUUCCGAAUCCUUCGACAACAAGGUUAUUAUAUUCCAGCAGACAACGUUUUUGCAGGCUUCAAGCAAAAGAAUGGAAUGUUCCUUGAAGAAAUGAUGGAAGAUGUAAAGGGAUUAAUGGCAUUAUAUGAAGCAUCACAUCUAAGCAUAGAGGGGGAACAUAUACUUGAGGAGGCUGCGGAUUUUAGUAGCCAUGCUCUCAAAGAAAUGAUGCCUUUUCUUAACCAAGAUGAAGCUAUAAUGGUAAAAAAUACAUUAGAACAUCCGUAUCAGAGAACCUCAUCAACUUUCAUGGUCAACAAAUUCAUCAAACAUUACUCGGGGACCACCAUGGCUCAACUUGCUGAGAUGGAAUUGGUUAAACUCCAGGCCCUACAUCGAAUACAAGUUACUCAAAUCUCUAGAUGGUGGGAGGAGUUGGGAUUAGCAGAGGAGCUGAAGCUUGCGAGGAGUCAACCAUUGAAUUGGUACUUAUGGCCCAUGGCCAGCCUUGAUGAUCCUAGCUUAUCGGAGCAAAGAUUGGAGCUCAUAAAGCCAAUUGCCUUAAUCUUUAUAAUUGAUGAUAUUUUUGAUGUUUAUGGAACUCUAGAUGAACUCGUCCUCUUCACAGAAGCAGUUAUUAGAUGGGAUAAAUAUGGCUUCAACCCCAUAGAGUACUUAAAAAGGACGUGGAUAAACCUUUUUGAAGUGUUUCUAGUGGAGGCAAAAUGGUUUGCUUCCGGACACUUGCCGAAUGCAGACGAAUACUUGAGGAACGGGAUUGUAAGUUCUGGUGUUGAAGUAGUUACAGUGCACAUGUUUUUCCUUCUCGGUUGUGCUACUAAUGAAGAUAGUGCUACAAUUAUUAAGGACAAUCCAGGAAUAACAUUUUGUUUAGCAAAAAUACUUCGUCUUUGGGAUGAUCUAGGUAGUACUAAGGAUGAGAAUCAAGAUGGCCAUGAUGGAUCAUAUGUGAUAUAUUACAUGAAAGAAAAUGAAGGUUGUUCGCUUCAAGAUGCAAAAGGUUAUGUUAUGUCAAUGAUAUCAAACAUAUGGAAACAACUAAAUAAGGAGUGCCUCGCCCCAAAUAAAUUUUCAGCACCAUUCAUAAAGGCUUGUUUGAAUCUUGCAAGAAUGGUACCUAUGAUGUAUAAUUAUGAUGAGAAUCAUUCCCUUCCUCUUCUUAACGAUUAUAUAAAUUCCAUGUUUUAGAAAGGAAAUAACACUCAUCACAACUUUGCAAGAAACACUUAAAUGUUAAGAUUUGCACCUUGUGAAAACUCACACUAGGGUUGGUCGACUCUAAUAUGUUUGAGAGUUUUUUUUUUUUGUUGUGUUUCUAAACUUGUAUUAACGA